AUGACCUUGGCUAUCCAGAACUUUGCAAAGCAUCACAACGUUGAUCCAAGCAAAGUGUCAGCAGAACAGGUGCUUCAGUCUGCAGAAGGACCCUUUCACUGGGCUACUUUUGGGAAGGAUACUUCAGCUAGAGGGCCUGGAGCACAGUCCCUAAAGAGAGCCAUGCAGUGGAGGCCCGACAUGCGCGAGGCAUACACUGUGCUGCUUGACAAUCUGAAGGUGGAGUUUAGGAAGGCAUGGAUGGCCACAAAGUCGUUCGACUUUACAACCGUGCGUAGGAGCACCACCCUCUCCUUUCGCAAAAGGCGUGAUGAAGUGGGCAGCUUCAAAACGAAGCUCCAGAUUCAGGGCAUUCUUGGUGGAGACCACCCGGAUGCCGCCAAGCAAACGGAGCACUACGAGUUCUGUGUCCUCUACAACGAUUGGCUGCAGGCCGAUACGUACUUCUGGGUCGAGAGAUUGGUUACCACAUCGAGUGCUCAGGAGUGGGCAAAUGUUGUGACGGUCGAGUCCAAGGAUGCCGUUGAUGGUUCGUGGGCUGCCAAGGUCGAGAUUUCCCGUGCAAUCAGGGCCUUUGCGGCCGCCAAGGGGAAAAAGAUCCAGCAGGUUACUGAGAAGAUGGUUGCUGAGUCCGAUUUGGGGAUCAAAGGCUACGCGUCUCUCUACGACAGCCUUCCGGCUGCAGCUCCAAAGCUGGGUGGGGAUGGCACCAAUGCCCCGCCCCCGCCGGCGCCUCCCAGUGCCCGGAAGCGCACGCAGGAGGAUGAUGGUGAUGAUGAGGGCCAAAAGGCCAAGGGUAGCAGCAACACCAAGAAGCCAAGGACUCAGAACACCACGACCAAGUACGAGAAGGAGGUCAAAGAGUUCUUGGCCAUGGAGCAAAGCAGUGACAAUCGGAUGACGACCAUCACGGCGGAGGUCACCAAGAACCCUUCCUGGUGGACGUGGGCAAAAGAUGCAAUCCUGACAUACAAGGAGGCCCGAACAGCUGUUCUCAAGGUGUAUGCGGACCAGCCGCAUUUCCAGAACUUCAAGGUGGCAGCCUUGAGUCAGAAAGAGAUGGCCUAG